CAUCAAAAGUUUGAUAUCCACACUGGAUCAAACUACAGUGUUCCCAGGCUCUGUAGAGUAUGUUAUUCCUGUACUAUGAAAAAACAACCUUGUCUUCCAGAUUGCGUGCAGCGAAGAAUGGCGCACUACCAGUAUGUGUGUUUAUUCGCCGUCGCUUUGUUCGGUCUGCUGUUAAGUGGCAAAGGAACUUUUGGUCUCGAGGUUACCACAUUAACCAGCCUCGGAAAGGAGGUCGAAGAUAACAGCCGAUAUAAAACACUGGAGGCUAACGCAACACUUCUAAAACUACUCGUCGACAACAAAGAUGGCGUCAGCAGAUCUGAAGUAUUCGACAUGCUGCACUCUCGUGAUGAGAACCAGGAUCAUAUAGAUCUGCCCAGCUUUCCUGAGGAUUCCGAAGAUGAACGUCUCCUGGUUCCUGACCCUCCUGACUCGCAAGCAGAGUUCUUACAAGAGUAUCAGAGAUCGCGAUACAAGGGCGCUCGUGGGGAGCCAUUCGGCGCUGCCGCUGGGAUCAUGGUGGUCAUCACUUGCACCAUUGUCUGCCUAGCAUAUGCUGGGCUCAUCAUCUGGCGGAGGAUAUAUCUAAAGAGGAAUGGUUUGAAACACGAAUUACUGAGAAAUGAAGAAAAUGUAGCGGAAACUCGAAUAGAGACAAAACAUACAAAAAUAGACAGCAUAGACUGUACUGGAAUCGAAUCUCUUUCACUGAGUCAACCUGUGUACACUCGUUGGUAG